AUGGCAUCGAAUACACAGGAUACACCAGCAUUAACAGAAGAUUUAAAAAAAAGAAUAAAUGAAGUUGAAAAUAAUAAUAAAGUUGCAACAUUAGCCGUGGAAAGAACUAAAAUUGCUGUUAAUAGAUUACGUUUACAAUAUGCUAUUUUAUUAGAAAGAUUAGAGAAAAAGGCAGUUAUACCUGAUGGUGAUGAAUUAUCAGAUUCUUCAGAUGUAACUGAAGGUAAACAAAUUGAUUUAUCUAAAACAUUAGGUGAAGCAUGGAAACAAUUAAGUUCUGAGGCAAAAGAACCUUAUUAUAAUAUUUAUAAUGAAGAUAAAGAUAGAUAUGCAAGAGAAAUGAAAACUUAUGAAGCUAAUAAAAAUAAAAAAAUUAAAAUUGAAAAAGAUGAUAAAGAUCAUGAAAAUAAAGAAGGGGAUGAUGAACCAGGUUCUGGUGGUAAUGAUGAUAAAAAGGAAGAUACAGUGGAACCUAAUUCAGAAGCGUGA